UCGACAAAAUUCGUUACUGUACACGUUGUAAUGAACUAUUUUCUCGUUCUUCGAAGUGUGAAUUUAUCUCGAAAGAUAUGAAUUUUCCUAAUUGAAGUAGUGUAAUGUUCGAUUUUGUCAAAGGAUUAUGUAGUAAAAUGAGCCCAUCCUAUUCUGCAUCACAAUCUAAACCGAGUAUGGAGCCUCAUUAUGUUAUGUUACUUGCCCCAUUUCAACCAGCAACAAGGAUUGAACUAGAGACUAACGUAAACACGAGUGCAGAGUGUUAUUUAGACAUAAAAAAUGCCGGUGACAAAACAUUAAAUGUAACCGUAACAAAAGUACCAGCUGCAGAACGUCGGAUUACUCUCAGUUUGUCUGAAUUAGAAGUUCAGGGAAAAAGUAAUGGCACAAUAUGUAUCAAGUGGUCCCCAAAAGAAGCAGGAAGCUGGCGAGAUGUAUUGCAGUUUACAGAUAAUAGGCGAAUUAAAUAUGAUAUUGUUAUAGCAACAACUGCUAGAGAUAAUAAGAAAAGCUAUAAGACAAAAAAGAAAUUGCCAAAAUCAUCUUUAUCAUUAAUGAAGACAUCAAAUAUCUCUAUAUCAACAACAAGCAGACAAUUCUAUCAAAACAAUAUAUUAAAAAUUCCAACUAUUAGCCAGCCUUUGAUUCCCAAUCUUGAUACACAAACAAAAGAAUAUAAAUUAAGACAUUUAAAUGAUGUAAACAAAGAGAAUAUCUUUAAUAAAUGUGGUCAAUCAGAGACUUCUUAUGCGAUACGAGAAAAUGAAAAUAAAAUCAAUGAAAUUUAUAAUCAUGAUGAGCCAGAUAAUAUCAUGUUUGAGCAAAACAUGAAUAUAUGGGGUGACGGAAGUAUUCUGCCACAAGUGUUUUCUACAAACGAACCACAGGACAUACGUAGAGUUACUUACGUCAAGGAAAAAAGAUCUAGUAAUAUAUUGUAUGAGCACAAUGGAAUUAUUAAAAAAACAACUGUGAAAAAUACCUGUGACAAUGACAAUGUCCAUUCUGAGAUUUCUGUAUUGCUAAAUAAAUUUACAUUCACACCUGCAGACAUUAUUUCGAGUUCUCCAGAAGCAGUGAAAGAAGAAUUGGCAGAAUCCACAAGUUUCUCGCAGAACUCAAAUAAGCAUAGAACCUUCAAUAUCAGUCAGAAUCAUUUAUUUGAAACAUCUACAACUCAUGAUACAAAAACUCUCAAAGUAUCAUCGCAAUCAGCAUGCUUGCACAAUUUGUCACCAAUUAAGUCUAGUGGAUGUUCUCUCAUGACUGAUAUUAAGGAUUUAAUUGCAUCGUCGCCGAUCGCUCAACAUUAUGUUCCAAAAGAUUCCAAUGAAUUCUUGGAACAUAAUAGAAAGAUAAAAAUAGAAUCGAAUGUCCAAAUGUCGCCGAUUACUCAACAUGUGCCAAAAGAUUCCAGCGAAUGCUUGAAGCAUAAGAUAGAGCCGAGCAUUCAAAUAAUCAAUCGCGAAUAUUUCACUUUUGAGAUUAUUCCCAAGAAUGAUGUAGCUAAAGAGAUAGGGGACAUGUACAUUGAGAUUUCUCCACCGAAAAAGCACUCUAAAAUAUCUCAGUACCAUAAUAUAUCAGUACCAAAACUAAGUGGCACAAGAACUGGUAGAAUCACAAAGAACAAAACUUUGUGCGAAGGAAACACAAAAAAGUUACAACUAAAUAUACCUGUUGCAAAAAGAAAUACAAAAAAUGUAGCAGUUAUCAAAGUAAACAAGCAGUCUCUCAUUGGCCUGAAUAAGACAAAAUGGCAUACCUCUUCAUUUAUUAGAGAAUCAAGCUACAGAAUGCAAAAUGAAGAAUCUUUUAUCUAUGAAACAUUUGAAUUAGAUCCUUUUGCGCCAUCAACAACAGAGGAUCCAUUUCUUAAAAACAUAGUACACUAUGAUGAGGAAUGGCUAUUGCAGCAAGAAUUGGCAUUUACAAAAUGGUUAAAUACUCUGCUAUCUUCGCCAGAGGAUUUAUCCGUCGACAUUGAAACUGUUGUAACAGAUAUUGGCAAAGUGUGGCAAUCAUGCAAAGCACAAAAAACUACUGUACUUGCUGAAACUAAAGAAGCUGUCUCUGCAAGAUAUCACACCAGUACUAGAUUGAACACUCUACGGAAAGCUGCAAGUGCUAUGUUCAACAACAAUGAAAUCACACAAGUUCUUUCUCGAAUCAACAUGUAUAUUGUUAAAGGAGCUUUAUGCGUCAGAUCGGAUCGUAAUUUACAUCGUGAUAUUGGCUUGCAGAAACUCAUAUUGGCUUUAUUCCUGAAUUAUAAUCCUCUAUGGCUGCGUAUCGGCUUGGAAACUGUCUACAAUGAGAGCAUCCCGCUUCGUUCGAACAAUGAUAUUAUUGGUAUGACUCGCUUUCUAUUAACGAGAUUCUUCUCGGAUCCGCAACUAAUUAAGAUGCCUGGUUACCACAAGACCGAUCCUAGCUUAAAGAUCGUCACAAAGUUGAAUCAAUUUAUCCUGAAAAAAUUCUUAUAUCUAAUAUAUUUUUUGGAUUAUGCGAAGCAACACAAAUUGAUCGGUCACGAUCCAUGCCUAUUUCACAAACGCGCCCAGCAUAAAGAGAGUCGCGAGAUCUUGCUGAGUUUCUCGCGCGAACUUCUGAGCGGCAUCGGUGAUGUGACAAAAGUGUUGCGCAGUCAUAACUAUAUACUUACCCAUCGGCAAACCUACAUUGAGGAAUAUAAUUAUGCGGUGACGGAUAUACGACGUGAUCUGCGCGAUGGCGUGCGAUUAUGCCGCAUCAUGGAGCUUAUCACCGGUGUUAGAAAACUGACCCAACGUUGCCGCGUGCCGGCGAUAUCACGUCUGCAGAAGGUAUACAACGUGGACAUGGCAUUAAACGCCUUAUCCCAAGCCGGUUACAUUCUUGAAGGCGACAUAGAUGCGAAAAGCAUCGCCGAUGGUCAUUGUGAGAAAACUCUGUCGCUUCUAUGGCAAAUUAUUCACAAAUAUCAGGCGCCACGAUUUGAUCGAGCGGCUCGCACGGUCCAGAGAUGGUGGCGAGCGAAACUUUGGUAUAUUUGCGUGAGAAACUUUUUACGCGCACGCAGAAAUCUUGCUGCGAUCGUAAUCCAACGUGCAUGGAGAUGCAAGAUGACGCCAUCCUCCCGCGAAACUAUCUGUGAUUUAGAGGAACGCAAGUGGUACUUGCAAGUCAGAAGAGCCACGAUAUGUCUUCAGAAAUGGUGGAGGCUUGUACGAGAAACCAGAAAGGAGAAGCUGCAAGAGUUGAAGAAUAGACGCGAAGCGGCGAUCCGAUUGCAGAGGAGAUGGAGAGUCGUGUUGUUGAUGAGGACACAGCGAGAUCAGUAUCUUAAUCUCAGGAACGCCGCGUUGAUGAUACAAACGCGAUGGAGAGCAAUACAGGCAAUGAAAUUACAGCGUUCCAAUUAUCUAGCGUAUAGAGAUGCCACCGUAAAAAUACAAUAUUUCUGGAGAUCCGUGAAGCUCGCGCGCAAACAGCGCGAAUGGUUUCUUCACAGAAGAGAGAGCGCUCGUAUUAUUCAAAUUUGGUGGAGACGAUGUUUAUUAGCGCGAAAAGCGCGAAAUGAUUUCCUACAAACAAAAACUGCUGUGCGAGACAUCGAGAGAUGGUGGAUAAGUGUGCUCGACAGAAAGAAAUUCCUCCUGCAUCGAGCGAAUGCUAUUCUUAUUCAAAGAACAUGGAGAAAGUAUCAAAUACGCAGGCAAGAAGUCGCCUGUUUGAAGAUACAAACAUGGUGGAAGAUGACAAUGUACUCCCGUAAAUAUAAGCUUCAAAAAUCUUGUUGUAUAAAGUUGCAACGCUGGUGGCGUGGAAUCAAUCUUACAAGACAUCAACGCAUACAAUUCCUGCAAUUACGGAAAGCAGCAUUGAUUGUGCAAAAGAAUCGACGGGCAAAAGUAGCCAGGAGACAUUAUCUGAAGCAACGACGAGCAGUUUUGGUGAUACAAUCGUGGUAUCGUUGUAUUAAUUCAGCGAAGCUUAUUCGACAACAUUACCUGAAGAUGAGAAACUCCGCGAUACAAAUAGAGAAUUGGUGGCGCAAUGUUACGGUAGCUCGCCAGGAACGUAAAAGAUAUCUGCAACUUCGCAAAGCUACCAUCCUUCUGCAGAUUCAUUGGCGUCGGCGUGUCCUAGUUCGUACAGAUCGGCAGCGAUAUUUAACGAAAAAAAAGUCAUGCGUUACUUUGCAAUCCUGGUGGCGAAUGAUUAAAGAGAGGAGCAAAUAUAAACGAUACAAGAUGUGCGUGUUGAAGAUACAAAGAAGAUGGCGUGCGAUGAGAGUCGCUCGUGGCGUGAAGAAAGAGUAUUUGCUCACUCGAGCGGCUAUCAUCUUGCAGGCACGUUGGAGAGGUUUAGCGACGAGAAGAUGGUUCAUCACUUCGCGCCGGGCUGCGAUAGUCAUUCAAUCGUAUUACAGAAUGAAAAUCGAAGAACGAAAAUACAAGACUAUCAAGUAUGCCACGUUGAUUAUUCAGACCUAUUGGCGAGCCUACAUCAUAGGCAAACACCAGAGACUGCGUUACUUGUCUCUACGUCGCACAGCUAUCAUGCUGCAGCGUCGUUAUAGGCAGAGAAAAAUUGAAAACGAAGAGUUUUAUCGACAGCGACAAGAGGACUUCGCCAUGAAGAUUCGAAACGAGUGCGAAGAAGCUAUGCAGGAUAUUCAGAACGUUCCCACAGGGCUUGCGAUCCCAGACAGCGAUUACUGGAAAGAAACAAUCAACAAUUUACGUAACUGUAACAAUGUUGGAACGUUAGUCGUUUCUUUGGCUCUCUUAGAUGCUAUAACGAAAUUAUCACCGACCGUUUGCAUCAUCCUAUGCGAACUGAAUCUGACCGAUGAUAUAUACAAUGCAAUAGCGCAGAACAACAGAUCACUGCCAUGGAUGAUGGUCUGUUUGCGGGCGUGCAGCAUCUUGAUCACUCUGACGAAGCAUGACUACACAAGAAAAUAUACCAUCAAAAGUAAGUAUGCAUUGGCAUUAGUGAAGCUUCUGAAUGGAUCAUUGAAAAACAAGGAGGUAUUCCUACAUUGUGCCACGCUAAUAUGGCUACUUAGCCAAAAUGAAGAUUAUUUAAAGGCCAUGAUGACAUGUCCUCAAAUAAAAUGGUGGCUGAAAAAUAUCCAACAAAAGGUUUUGAAAGAUGAUAUAAUGACAAAAUUUCAAAAAUCAAAAGAUAUAGAGAAACUAUAUCCCAGUUGCGAGUCUAGAGACAAUACGCAAGAACGACGCUUAUUCACUAAUAUGAGUUUCGCCGUUGCAGCUAUUGUUAAAAGAAUUUAAAUGAUAUUAAUUCAUAAAAAAGGUUGGUAAAAUAAUUUGUUAAAUUAAAAUCAAACUUAGAGAGAGAUUUUAUAUUGUAAUAUCCAUGAUAUCGUUUUAAAUGUUGACUGAUUCUUAUUAGAUUCAAAUC